AUGGAUCUCGCAAGCCUCAUUACUCCGGGUCCCGAUCCCCUCUACAAGCCCAGGGCGUCAUACAGCCCUGCUGCUGCGGGCUCAUACUUCCCUUCCGUCCCGACAUCGUAUUCGCGCACACCGCAACCGCCCCUCUCCCCGCCAGUGGACGAUGUCCCCAAGUGCUCUCUCCCUUCCAUCUCCUCUCUCCUUGAAGGUGCAGACGGUGCCGCAAUGCACGCAGCCAAGCGCCAAAGAACUACCCCGCCGUUGCACGGGGAGGCAGAAAUCCGGUCUCAGGCUAAAGUCCGCGAGACGUUCGUUCCCAGCGGCCCUCAGACCAACAUGCCACCCACUCCGCCAAUGCGACCUGGUUCGGGUUUCCACAGCAAUGGUCACUCCCCAUCCGCAUCUUCUGUUUCGGCCAUCAAGACGGAAUACCCUCCCACACAAAUGAGCUUGCCUAGUCCCACGGACCGGUCCUCGAUCUCGAGCCAGGGCUCCGUUCAGCAUGCUCCUUACGUUUCUCCCGCUCCCAGCGUGGCUUCCUUCUCGUCUCCUAUCGACCCGCCUGCCUCGUCCGCUGUAUACUACCAAAGACCCGGAUCGUCAGGUACCUACCAGAGCGCGCCCGCGCAAGCCGCUCCUCUGCAGCCUUCCUCGACUCAGCAAAUGAUCCCUCAAGUCGCCAACGCCUGGCAACAUCAUCACUACUUUCCCCCUUCCACCGCCGGAGCGUUCCAGCAGAACCAUGACCGAUACAUCUGUCGCACCUGCCACAAGGCCUUCUCCCGUCCUUCCAGCCUCCGCAUUCACUCUCAUAGCCACACCGGCGAGAAGCCCUUCCGUUGCACCCACGCAGGAUGCGGCAAGGCCUUCAGUGUACGGAGUAACAUGAAGCGUCACGAACGGGGCUGCCACACCGGUCGACCAGUUACUACCGCGAUGGUUUAA